UUUAUUUACAAAUCCUUUUGCAAGGACGCACAAUGGACCUGAUCAAGGAGAUUAAUGACAAAUACCUGGCCCUUGAGGCGGAGAUCGAUCAAAAAUUGGAGAAAGUGCAAGCUGAAGAACUAAAACUAGAACGUCAAAACGAAAAGCUUGCCGAGACUUCUAUCCAUACCCCUGCACCCAAAGUUUUGUCCUAUGAAGAUGCUUUACUGAGAAAUACCAACACCUUGAAGGCAUUAGAAAUAGCAAAAGCCCGCUUAAGAUCGCGUUCUACGUAUUCGCCCGUGGAGAAGCUCCUUCAAGAGGCUCUGCAAAAUUAUAGAAAAGAACUGGAAAGUCUUGAGGAGAUCAAGGAUAAACCCCACGAUCAGGACACCCAAAAAGAUGAGGAGGAGGACAACCUGUACGAUCUGGUCAUGCAGAAUGUGAUCGAGGCCAAGAAGCAGCUGCCCCAAAAAACAGUCGAUCUUUAAAUUGUUUCCAUGGAACUCGUGAUGUAUAUAGGUAUUCGCUGUACUGUGUACAAUAACAAGACAUUGUCAAGCUGAAUAAACACCCACCAAAUGUACACA